AGACAAUAUUGAUUGACACUUAUGUGUUGACGUUUAUAAACAACGCGCACAUCUAAUUUUUAUUCAAAGUGUAGAUUUAAAAAAUACUUUUAAAUUUUUCUAAAAUUAAAAUGGAAUGUAUUGUAUCAAAUGUUGAUCAUAUAAAAUUCGAUAUUGAAGUAGCCCUUGAAGAGCAAUAUGGAGCUUUACCGUUACCUUUUCAUGGAAUGGAUAAAUCGACAGCGGCUGUUUGCUUAUUUUUUACCACUGCGAAUGGAUGCCAAAAAGGAGCCCAGUGUCCAUUCAGACACGUUCGAGGAGAUAGAACCAUAGUUUGUAAACAUUGGCUUCGAGGUCUGUGUAAAAAAGGAGAUCAGUGUGAAUUUCUGCAUGAAUAUGAUAUGACGAAAAUGCCAGAAUGUUACUUUUAUUCACGAUUUAACGCUUGCCAUAAUAAGGAAUGCCCAUUUUUACAUAUUGAUCCAGAAAGUAAAAUAAAAGAUUGUCCUUGGUAUGACAGAGGUUUUUGUAGACAUGGACCGCAUUGUAGACACAGACAUGUCAGGAGGGUGUUAUGUACAAAUUAUUUAGCUGGGUUUUGUCCUGAAGGUCCUAAGUGUAAAUACAUGCAUCCCAGAUUUGAACUUCCUGCACCACCUGAUCAACAAAAGGAACAAAAAAAGACACCCGUUAUUAUUUGCCAUUUUUGUGGAGAACAUGGACAUAAGGCUAUACAUUGUAACAAAAUGGUAGAUCCAACCAAAGUGUUAUUUAUACAACCAGAUGAUAAUAAUAAAGAAAAAGAUAGUUCUGAACAAGCAGCUCAAAACUCGUAUUUGCAAAAAAUGCUUCCAAAGAGACUUGAGGAUGUUACUUGCUAUAAAUGUGGUACUAAAGGACAUUAUGCUAAUAGAUGUCCUAAGGGCCAUUUAGCAUUUUUAUCACAAUCAAAAUCUAGUAAAGAACAAAGUGAUGUAGAUCUAAACUAACUUAGAUGUUUAAUAAUUAUUAAUGAUUUAAUUUAAUGUUGAUUUUUUUGAUUGAGUUUAACCUCUUUAAAACUAAAUUAGACAACAAAAAUAAAUAAAAUUAUAUUUUUGUUGAUUUUGCUUUUUUUGGUGGGAUCAAUGACAGAAAAUGGUGCAAUUUAGUUCAUGGAAAUAAAGGUACUGCUAUAAUUUGUCCAAGAAGCAAAAUAAUAAACUAAGAGGUUAAACUGAUGUUUUUGUGUUUAAAUAAAAUAUGUAGGUAAAUAAGUGAAAAUAAAUUUUGUAAUGCCUAAAAUAAAAUGAAAUAAGAAACUUCUGAUCAAUUUAU